GCGGAACAGCGUUUUCACCGUUUUUCGGAAGCAGGAAAGGGUCGGGCGCGCGUCGGGCCGCUUUUAUUCCGCGGGCAGAGAGCGAGCAGACGAGACAUGGAUUUGGAAUCGGCUACAUAUCUGCCCUUGGAGGCGCUGGACCCCAUUUCGCGAAUGACUGCUGAGCUACAGGACAGAGGCGGAACCUACAGUUACACGGCACCAGGGUGGGCAGCUUACAAAGGAGUGGUGUCAAAAGCCGGAAGCCAUGCCGCGUUAAGCGCCCUUACGCUGCUCUCGUUCCUAUUUUUCCUGAAUCUCCUGCAGCAACAACUGACGUCAGGGCAACAACAAACGUUACUGUUCAUGGUGAACAACACGGCGCCGGUGAACCGAGAGGGCAAACGGGUGAAACGGGCGCACAACGCCACCUUCCUGGCUACACACUCAGAACGACGGUUGCGUGAUUUGAGACAAAACGCCCUGCACGCUAGGAGAAUCAAGCGAUCCGCUAGCAAACUGCUAAGAGAGAGAAGCACCGAGCCAAGCAUGCCAGCUCUGGAGUCUCCACACCCAUUAGCAACGCCACCAACAGCCGAGCUGACACCACCGGUCAUGCUGGAGGGCCUGCCACGGGGUAGCGCCCUUCAACUGUCCGCCUGGCUGAGUGGACAGAUGUCCGCUGACCAGCUCAUGACUGAUCUUUCCGACACUCUAGCCAACUGCCGCGCAGCAGUCGCAUGCAUCGUGCACCGAGACUCCAACAAUCACCCUAGCAAUGAAAAAACCGUCAGGAAACUGCUGCUUGAGGCUGGCGAGUUUACUGAAGUGGGUCGCAUCAAAGAGGCUUGCGCCUCUCUUUUGCUCUCUACAAAAGAAGAGUGCACCACCCUAGCGCGCGCUUUCACCUCCCUGCUAGACUGAUAAUUUAAAUUUUUGUGAAUUUUGAAUAAAAUGUGUGUUUCUGUUGUA